CCAUGUGCUUGGAGUGCAGAGAAUCUAAAUGGAACACACUUUGUUAUCAGUUCAGAGUGAGGUUAGAGUUGAAAAGGUCUCUCUUCAAUGGUUUCUAUAGAUGAUGAGAAAAGAUCAUGGAUACUGAUGGUGUGCAAACGGUUUCCUCCAUUGAGCAAAGACGAGUGGAACGGGAUGUCAGUAACAUAUUCACGCACUUACGAGAUUCAAGGAACAUUGCCGGAGAGGGUGUGCGACUACUGAAGGAGAAGCACCUGUCCUACCUGACCCACGGCAUUCGCCAUCUCUCCUCCAGCUUUGAUUGUCUGGAUGCCAGUCGCCCGUGGCUCUGCUACUGGAUAGUGCACUCCAUGACAUUGCUAGGGAGAGAUGUUACAGGGGAGCUGAGCAGAGAUGUGGUGGAUUUCCUAAAGAGGUGUCAGUCGCCAUGUGGUGGAUUCGGAGGUGGACCAGGCCAGCUGCCUCACCUCGCACCCACAUAUGCUGCAGUGCUAGCACUAUGUGCCAUAGGCACCGAGGAGGCUUACUCUGCCAUUGACCGACCAGGACUGCAACGAUUCCUGUACCUCUGUCACCAGAACGAUGGGAGCUUCAUCAUGCACCAGGACGGGGAGGUGGACAUCAGGGGAGCCUACUGUGCUCUAGUGGCCGCCAUGCUCACCAACACAUUGACAACAGACCUCUUCUUGGCCACUGCGGGCUGGGUGUCUAGUUGUCAGACCUACGAGGGUGGUUUCUCGGCCGUCCCUGGGACUGAGGCUCACGGAGGCUACACCUUCUGUGGCUUUGCUGCGGCUGUGUUGUUGAAGGCUACUAAAUUGGUGGACAUGAGGUCUUUAAUGAGGUGGAUCUGUAGGAAACAGAUGAAGUUGGAGGGUGGAUUCCAGGGUCGGACUAACAAGUUGGUGGAUGGCUGCUACUCAUUCUGGCAGGGGGGUGUGUUCCCACUCAUAUACCACACACUGAAAGAAAGAGGAGAUACUAGCCUCGACUGUGAGCUGUGGAUGUUCAACCAAGAAGCACUCCAGGAGUACAUCCUCUACUGCUGUCAGAGUCCUCAUGGCGGACUUAUCGACAAGCCGGGCAAAAUGAGGGACUUUUACCACACAUGCUACUGUCUGAGUGGAUUGUCAGUGGCCCAGCACUGCUACGGUACUAGCAACACCGUCACCAUAUCACUAGACCCAGAGACAGUCCUGAAGCCAACCCACCCCGUGUACAAUAUCCGAAUGGACAAGGUUAAAGACGCCCACGGUUACUUCUCAGAACUCCCUGUACCUCAACUAGUUCAUGACUCAACUGUCAGCUAGUUUAUUUUAUGCCUUGCACUAAUUCAAUCGAUCUAUGUGCAUUAUUCAUGCAUGCUUAUCGAUCGUUAUAAAUUUAUAAACAUACAUGCAUGCCGAUAUCCUUUUGUAAACAGCA